GAUCCAGGUUUCUUAAAUGUGGAGCUGAAGCUUCAGCACUUUUAAAGCACCCUCUGCGCUCUCUGCCUCUCCAAACAUCCCUCAAACUUGUACAUUAAAGUCGUCUUCGUCGGUUUUUAUUUGAAAGGUACGCUUUUAGACACGUGUUCCCUUUUCAGGAAAAGUAAACAGGAUUCCAUAGACACGUCUUUUGGUUCUUUUUUUAUGGGACUCGUAGGUUUGUGUAUCGACUGAGAUAUACCUUAUACACUAUCUGUUGGAUGCACUAGUACAUCUAAGUACGAAAAAGUGAUGGCAUCCGAAACGAGAAACGGCGGCACAUCGGCGUACAGCAACAAUGGCACCAGCAAAACCAAGAGGAUACUGUUGAUCGUCAUGGAUAUCAUCUGCAUGAUUUUAGCUGCCCUGCCUUUCCUGUUAAUUGAAACUAGCGUGAUCGAGCCGUAUCAACGCGGGUUUUACUGCAGUGACCAGUCCAUCCGGUAUCCUUAUAAAAAUGGAGAAACCAUAAGCGAUGCCGUGCUCGGUCUCGCUGGCAUUGUUAGUGCCAUCGUCUCUAUUGUGAUUUGCGAGUGCUACAGGAUCCGUUGCCUAAAGCAGGGCUCUCACUCGUUUGUGGGAAACCCGUACAUCUCCGCCAUUUAUCGGCAAGUCGGCGUGUUCAUCUUCGGCUGCGCCGUCAGCCAGUCGUUCACGGAUAUCGUUAAGGUGUCAGUGGGGCGCAUGAGACCACACUUUCUGCAUGUGUGCAAUCCAGACUACUCGCAAAUCAACUGUUCUGAUGGUUACAUCACCUACUACAAGUGCUUGGGUGACCCUAGCAAGGUGCAGGAGGCGAGGAAAUCCUUCUUCUCUGGACACGCCUCAUUUUCACUGUACACCAUGCUGUAUUUAUCUUUCUAUCUGCAGUCUCGGUUUACAUGGCGUGGAGCUCGCCUCCUGAGGCCUCUGGUGCAGUUCACUCUUCUGAUGAUGGCUUUCUACACCGGUCUGUCUCGUGUUUCAGACCAUAAGCACCAUGCCACUGAUGUACUCGCUGGAUUCGUACAAGGAGCGUUGGUGGCCUACUGCAUAGUCUUCUAUGUCUCAGACCUGUUUAAGCCCAAAGUCAAGACUGUAAGUCUUCCUGUCAGUCUUCCAUCAACAAUCAGGAAAGAACUCCUGCCAUCCUCUGACAGCAAAGACAGGAACAACCAUCACAACAUGGUGUGAGAGGAAGAUAUGGGAGAAAACAUCCCUAGAAAUUAUUAAACACCUUUUGGAAGAACCUGAAGAGCCACCUGUGAAUGAAGAGAAGCAGUAUUUUCACUGCCUCCCUCUCUUUCUCUCAUCUGACAGUAGAAUGUAGGGGCAGGAGACAGAGACUUUUUUUUAUUUUAAUUUUUUUUUAUUUUAUUUUUUUUUUUUACUAUUGAGACACUCUAUUUUUGUACUUUUACAAAGUUUGCUCUUUCUUAUUCGAGCCCAAUUUAUGAAAACUAAACAAUCUGAAUAAAUGUCAUUCAUUUAAAUGAGAGUCGGUUCCCAAAGCAGCAAGGCACUAAGUGGGCCUGUAACUUGCCUUUGUUAUACUCUGAAUGGAGCUGAAUGCAGAAAGCAUUAAUAAUGGGGCAGAAGAAAAGCAAAACAAGUACUAACGAAUGAAUGAAUGAAUGAAAGAUUGCGACUGUGAGUCUGGUCAUGUGAUCUCUCUCUCUCUCCCUCUUUCUCUCCCUCUCCAUCUCCCUCUUCCCCCACCCUUUUUUCCUCUCUCUUGUCUCCGAGGCCUUUUGCCAAUAUAAGACAACAAAUUCCUUAAUUAUAGGAAUGAUAUUACUUGCGACGUUACUAGCACAGAUAUAUUAACAAUAUAAAGAAGAAUAACUUAUAGCACUAUAGCCGAUCAUUAUAAAAUCGUCACCACUCGCUGUCUGGGCGGUGUAGCUCCAAGGACGCUUGAUGAGGUUUAGUGUGUGGUAGACCGAAUCCCAAUGAACUCUUACGCUGUGGUAUGUGAGGGUCCUUCAGAAUCUAGUGGACUCUACAUACCAUUAUGAGAUGCUGACACUCCUAAGCACUAGACCCAUCCCUGCUGUCCUAAGCUAUCCACACAGAAGCCUAGCUUCAAGGGAUGUUGCAUUUUAACGGGAUUUUUAAGGGGUUGGGCUUUAAGGGAGGGGGAUAUUGGGGCGUUGAUGUGGGCUGUGAAUUUUAAUAGUGAAUUCUAGAUGGCCGCCUAGCUGAGAGAGCAUGCAUGGUAGAGCCGUGCUUCUCGAUCCAGUGGGUGUGAUUUGUGCUGGGAAGGAUGGGAUGGGAUGGGAUGGGAUAGGGGCAGGUGUGUCGAAUCCCAUCGACCGCACUGGUUUGGCACGUUUCAUUUUGAAUGGGUGAACGAGUCUCUUCUGCUGGCUGGUAUGGAUUCUUCUCCCUUCCGAGCACAUAAUCAUUCAGCAGCAGUGCCAACUAGAUCUAUACCCAGGGACAGUGUUAAUUUAACUGCCUGCCAGAACUCCCAUCCAACCCAAUAUGUUCGAGGUGUGUGGUCCCACUACAAUCACUCAGUGUAUGUAUGUAUGUUGUUUGUGUGUGUGUGUGUGUGUGUGUGUGUGUGUGUCAGUGAGAUUCUGUAUCUCACUGUGUUUCUGCACCUAGUCCUUGUCGCUGGGCAGAGGACUGUUACCAUGUGAAGAAAAAAAAAAGAAGAAAACUGUGGAUUUAUAUUUUCUCUUAAAUGCCUCUUUUUCUUAUCUAAAAUAAUGUCUACUGUUCUCACUAACUCCUGUACAGUGCUGCCAGUCUCGUUUAUAUACCAUAUACAACAUCUAUACAGCCUCCAACAUGUUGCACAUCCCUCCUAUCGUCUAAUCCGUCCUUUUAUUUCAGCAAACCGUUCUCUUUUUUUUCUCCUUUCGAAAUAUAUAAAUAAUGUAUAGAUCACUAAAAUUAACUAUGUAAAAUAUAUUUUCUGAACAUAUUUAGAUAUAUCCACUAUAAAUAAAAAUGUCAUGACCUGUGUUAUUUACAAAUUGCUGCUUCACUAAGCAUUGAUUGACAGACUGUAUUGUAUUUAGCCAACUAAACUAUUGUAGAUUUGUCAUAUCAUUUUUUUUUUUUUUUAAAGAACUACACCUACAAAUGUAUCAAAAUUCACUAUUAGUAUUUUUGUAUUGUCUGAUUUUGUAAAAAAAAAAAAAAAAAAGAAAUAAUAGCAUUUUUUUCUGCUAAAUGUACCUAAAUCUAAUACAUGUGUUAUGAAAUAAAAAAGAAAAAAGCUCAUUA